GAUAUACUAUCUUGAAGUGAACAUACCCCCUUUGGAAAAAUGUAAAUACACAAUAGUACUUGAUGUAAAUAAAAAAAUUUGGAAAAUCUAUUGCAUGUUAAAAAAAAAAAAAUAAAUUUUAAUAAAAUGGGUGCUAAUAAUUUGUCUAAUCUUCAAAAAUGCGGUGAAAUAUUAAUAGAUAUAAAAACAAAAAAUAGAAAAAACAAAAUAUACAUUUUUCAUUGCACAUUUUGCGACAUACAGUGUGAUCAAUUAAAGAAGUUUUCCCUUCACCUUGGCGAAGCGCAUUUAAAUAAUUCUGAAGACAUUUUAAAGGAGUCGGAGCUAAAAUUGGAAACAGAACCAGAAGAGGUCAGAAUUAAUAACCCCACAGACAUAGAGAGUACAGAUAUUAAGAAAGAUUUCGGUAGUACCGUACAAAACAGUACAUAUAUAAAUUCAGAUCCUUUAGAUACAAUAGACCACCCAUUAAGACCAAAUUUAAAUCAUGACACUGUAAAUUAUGUUAUCAAAUGCGAAUUAAAAGAAAACUCUAAUGAUGGAAGUACUUAUUGCGAAAAGUAUGAAAUGGACUGCGCUUUAUCCACAGCUGCCAGUGAUGAUGAAGCCAAUGAAAAACUUGAUAUUUCAAAUUUUUCCAGUGGCUAUAGUGAGGAUGAAAUAAAAGAAGAUGCAGAUGAAAUGCCGCUUAAAAAAUUAAAACUUAAUUUUACGAAAGGGCGUAAAAGAGUGAAGCAAAAGACACAUAAAAAUGAAAUGGGCACUGAUGAAUCUAAAGAUGCUGAAGAUAAUUCUAAUAUAUCCGAUGUAAGCACCGAUGAUUCACGUGAUUCCGAUUUCGAUAUUGAAAAAGAACUAUAUACCGAUAAAAAGUCUAUGAACCCCAAAAAGCAUAUUGUAAGUACUAUGCAUUUUUAUACAUAUAAAAAAGAGUCGAAACAAAAAUUAGUUGCAAAUAAUCAAAACUCAACUCAAAAGGAAGAAAAGGAAUCGAAUACAAUAAAAAAACAUAAAAGAUGUAAAAAGCGUUGGAAAAAUAUCGAUGAUUCAGAACUACCCGUACUAAUUGAAAUGUACAAAAAGUAUGAAGUUCUAUGGCAAGUUAAUGACAUUGCAUUUGGUAUUUUACCCAAAAGAAACGAAACUUUUGGCAAAAUGAUUGAGGAAUUAAAAGCAAAUCAUAACUUCGAUAAGAAUCUAGAUGAACUACAAGAUUAUAUCGAUUAUAUAAAUUACAUAUUUUUUAAAGAUAAAGAAAAAGAACUUAAAUGUGAAUUAGAUAAAACCGAGUUUACACCGUCAUCAAAAUUUUAUAAAGAACUGUUAUUUCUAAGCGAUAGCCAAGGUCCAUUUAAAUGUUCAAAUUGUGAUGAGAUUAUUGCAAAAUACGAUCGUUAUCACAUACAUGUAGCUCAGCACAAUGGUACGAUACCAUUCCAAUGUCGUCUUUGUGAGAUGGGUUUUCAGAAAUUCGACAACUAUAUAAGGCAUGUAACCAGACAUUUAGGCAUUAAUAGCUACCACUGUAAUGUGUGCGGUAAAGGUUAUCCAUUUAAAUCAGAGUUAGACUGGCAUUUAACGUCGCACACGGGAGUAAAACCCUACUUAUGUCCAAUAUGUGGUGCUGGAUUUAGAGCACGUCACGGUUAUGACAAUCAUAUAAGACGACACGAAAAACGUUUUCGUUAUGAAUGUCAUAUAUGCAAACAUGGCUUUAAUCAUUUAUGUAAACUCAAUACUCAUAUUAAAUCUCAUCUUAAUAUACGUGAUGUCAUAUGCAAUGUAUGUGGCAAAGGUUUUACUGCAGCUAAAUAUCUACAUAGACACAAACUUAUACACGAGGAAGAAAAGCGCUACAAGUGCAAUGUAUGCGGUAAGGCAUUUGCCCAAGAUUCUGGACUACGAACACAUCGAAAACAACAUCAACCCUAUGCCACGAUAGCGGAGAAUAAAAAUUUAUUAAAUGUAUUUAAAUAGUGUAAUAUAAUUUUGAAUAUAAAUAAUUUAUUAAAUAAAAAAUUAAAGCUA